UCAGGGCAGCCUUUGUUGGGAGCUUGUUAAACAAUAGACGCUCUGUCAUUAGCCGCAAACAAUGUAAAAUGCCCGUGCCACUGCUCUUGUGUCUGCUGGCCGCGUGGGCCUGCGGCUCGCCGGUCGAGCUCUCGGCCCCUCAGGGCGAGUUCUGCUCGCCGGGGUUUCCUGGGCCCUAUCCUGGGAAUGAGACGCGCGUCUGGCAGGUGCGAGUGUCUCCAAGCCAUGCCAUCCUCUUCAACUUCACCCACGUCCACCUGCCCCCCCUGCGCCUGUGCAGGUUCAUUCACAUCAAGGUGCAUGCAGGAGGCCAGCUGGUGAAGACUCUAUGCGGAGGCGAGCUGAGGGCAGAGCGUGGCCAACGUGCCGCUGGUGUCAUCCGCGUGCUCGGUCACGAGGCCAUGGUCACCUUCACCGCGUCUGGUGGCAACCGCGGUCGAUUCACAGGCUUCUGCGUUCACUAUAGGACUACAGGUCUACCAUGUGGCCAACCCCUGCCCAUCGCCAAUGGGAGGAUGGAGAUGGAUCAAUACUCCAGCGUCCGCUACACAUGCAAUGAGCCCUACUACAGCAUGGCCAGUGGGAAUGGGCAAUUAAUCUGCAAUGAGACUGGACAAUGGGUGGAUGAGAUGGGAAGUCCCAACCUGCCAGGCUGCAAGCCAGUGUGUGGCCUGGUUCGGCAUGCACGCAGCAAACGCAUCAUCGGAGGACGCUUCUCGCACCGCGGUGACUUCCCAUGGCUGGCAAUGCUGCUUCUAGACAACCACUUCAUGGGCGCGGGCGCCCUGCUGGGUGACAGCUGGAUUCUUACGGCAGCCGAGAUCUUCACGCAGGACUACGGCCAGGUUGACGUCUACCUCGGGCUGGUAGACCGCCGCGGGGUCCUCGCCAACGACAGCGCGGUGAUGAAGGUGCACGUGGAGAGCGUCGUCCUCCACCCGAAUUUCAGCAGGGACGAGGAGGAUGCUCACGACCACGACGUAGCCCUGCUGCGUCUCACCGAGCCUGUGCCGCUGAGGAAGGACAUCAGCCCCAUCUGCCUGCCCGGUCGUGACGAGGGUGGCGGGGUCAGCGAUCAGCCACCGGGGCCCGGGCACGUGGGCUACGUGGCCGGAUGGGGCCGCAUCACCACCACGAAGCUGCACGGCGCCACGCCGCGCUGGCAGCGCUACGUGGCGUUGCCCGUGGUUGCCCAGGACAAGUGUCGCCGCACGUACGCGGGCAUGGAGUUUGCGGGCAGGACGCUGACGUACACCGAUAACAUGUUCUGCGCCGGUGUUCCGGGAGGGGGGCGUGACGCCUGCAAGGGCGAUAGUGGGGGGCCCUUCGCCUACAGGGAGCCGCGCUCGCAGCGCUGGGUGGCGGCUGGCAUCACGUCCUGGGGUGUUGGUUGCGGCCAGAAAGGCCACUACGGUGUCUACACCAAUGUGUCCAACUACGUGGCGUGGAUUGAGGGAGAGAUGCAGCAAGGAGGGAAGGGAUAACUCCUCGUUUGGACCGAUGAGUUCUUUUUUUUACUUUACAUUAGCUAUGAUAUAAAGUAGAACUUUUGCGUGACUUACUGUAGGCAUAUUUAAAGGAAGCUAUAUUUUGACGAAUAUAAAUAAGUGUACUAUGACCUGUGGAGAAUAAUUUAUAUCUCCUCCAACGCGCUUGUGAAUCUGUGAAGUGUGACCAUUGCAAUAGGCCAGUGGUGGGGAACAUUUUCCUUGCUCAGGGCAAAUUGGACUUUCAAAUACCUUUGACGGGGCAUGCAUUAACAAACACCUCAGUCACUUCUGUUACUGCAGGGCCAGAAGUGAAUACGCAUUACAUUAUAAAGUGUUAACAAGGAUAAAAUGUUCCCCUCUAAGACAAGAUUCGUGUGGCUCAAACGCUUGCAGUGCAGGACACGUGUUGUUUGUGGGCAAUUAUGAAGUUGCACGAAAUGACGUCUUGGGCCGACUCGGGGCCAUGGGUUAUAGGUUCCCUACCCUGCACGAGGCCAACAAUAUAUAAUUAUCAAAGUGUGGAGUGACAUUUACAUUUUUUCUGUCGUGAAAAGCGUUGCACUAAAAGAAUACAGAAAUGUGUACUACAAAAUACA